UGCCAGAGCGGUCACAUAAUCAACCUGAAAGAAGAAAAUAAAUACUGUACACUUUUUAAUUUUAUCGAUCCUUAAAAACUGGACCCUCAAAGCUGCGCAAACCAUGCAGGAUGAUUUACUGAUGGACAAAAGCAAAACCCAGCCCCAGCCCCAGCAGCAGCGGCAGCAGCAGCAGCAGCAGCCCCAGCCCGAGCCCAGCACCGCCGAAGCCCCUUCCACGCCCCUGUCCUCAGAGACCCCCAAGCCGGAGGACAGCAGCGCAGUGCCGGCCCUCAGCCCCGCCGCGGCCCCGCCGGCCCCUAACGGCCCCGACAAGAUGCAGAUGGAAUCGCCGCUCCUGCCGGGCUUGGGUUUCCACCAGCCCCCUCAGCAGCCGCCGCCGCCACCGCAGGAGCCCGCGGCGCCGGGCGCGUCUCUGUCGCCGUCCUUCGGCAGCACCUGGUCCACGGGCACCACGAACGCGGUAGAGGACAGCUUCUUCCAGGGGAUCACCCCAGUCAACGGGACCAUGCUCUUCCAGAACUUCCCGCACCACGUCAACCCAGUCUUCGGAGGCACCUUCUCCCCGCAGAUCGGCCUGGCGCAGACCCAGCACCACCAGCAGCCGCCGCCGCCCGCGCCGCAGCCAGCGCAGCCCGCGCAGCCCCCGCAGGCGCAGCCCUCGCAGCAGCGGCGCUCGCCUGCCAGCCCCAGCCAGGCUCCCUACGCGCAGAGGGGCGCCACGGCGGCGUACGGUCACCAGCCCAUCAUGACUAGCAAGCCGUCCUCGUCCUCGGCCGCCGCGGCCGCAGCCGCCGCCGCCGCCGCCUCGUCCGCGUCGUCCAGCUGGAACACGCACCAGAGCGUGAACGCCGCCUGGAGCGCGCCGUCCAACCCGUGGGGCGGCCUGCAGGCGGGCAGGGACCCUCGCCGGGCGGUCGGCGUGGGCGUGGGCGUGGGCGUGGGGGUGCCCUCGCCCCUCAACCCCAUCUCGCCUCUCAAAAAGCCUUUCUCCAGCAACGUGAUCGCGCCGCCCAAGUUCCCCCGCGCGGCCCCGCUCACCUCCAAGUCCUGGAUGGAGGAUAACGCUUUCCGGACCGAUAAUGGUAACAAUCUGUUGCCAUUUCAGGACCGGAGUAGGCCCUAUGACACUUUUAACUUGCACUCGUUGGAGAACUCCUUAAUGGAUAUGAUAAGGACAGAUCAUGAGCCUCUGAAAGGUAAACACUACCCUCCCAGUGGCCCACCAAUGAGUUUCGCUGAUAUAAUGUGGAGGAAUCAUUUUGCAGGACGCAUGGGAAUAAAUUUCCAUCAUCCAGGAACAGAUAAUAUUAUGGCACUUAACACCAGGAGCUAUGGGCGAAGACGAGGUCGAUCUUCUCUCUUUCCCUUUGAAGAUGCCUUCCUGGACGACAGUCACGGCGAUCAGUCUUUGUCAUCUGGCUUAAGUUCUCCCACUCGCUGUCAGAACGGGGAGCGAGUAGAGCGCUACUCUAGAAAGGUGUUUGUUGGAGGCCUUCCUCCUGAUAUCGAUGAAGAUGAGAUCACUGCCAGCUUUCGCAGGUUUGGACCUCUUGUCGUAGACUGGCCUCACAAAGCUGAAAGCAAGUCGUAUUUUCCUCCUAAAGGCUAUGCCUUUCUGCUGUUCCAGGAGGAGAGCUCGGUACAAGCUUUGAUAGACGCCUGCCUAGAGGAAGACGGGAAACUGUACCUGUGUGUGUCAAGCCCCACCAUCAAGGAUAAACCAGUGCAAAUUCGACCAUGGAACCUAAGUGACAGUGACUUUGUAAUGGAUGGUUCACAGCCUUUGGACCCCAGAAAAACUAUCUUUGUUGGGGGAGUUCCACGACCCCUUCGAGCUGUUGAGCUGGCAAUGAUCAUGGACCGUUUAUAUGGUGGUGUCUGCUAUGCUGGCAUUGAUACAGACCCCGAGCUGAAGUACCCCAAAGGUGCCGGCCGUGUGGCAUUCUCCAAUCAGCAGAGUUACAUCGCAGCCAUCAGCGCUCGCUUUGUGCAGCUCCAACACAAUGACAUUGACAAACGGGUGGAAGUGAAGCCAUAUGUGCUGGAUGAUCAGAUGUGUGAUGAGUGCCAGGGCACACGCUGUGGUGGGAAGUUUGCCCCGUUCUUCUGUGCCAACGUCACCUGUCUGCAGUAUUACUGCGAAUACUGCUGGGCGAGCAUACAUUCCCGCGCCGGGCGGGAAUUCCACAAACCGCUGGUGAAGGAGGGAGGCGACCGCCCUCGCCACGUUCCGUUCCGCUGGAGCUGAGCCCAGGGCAGACCCAGCCACAAGUACUGGAGUAGAUAACAAGGAGGGAAAAGAGA